UUAUACAGCGUGAUGCUAAGCAGUCAAGAUUUGAAUUCUCAAUUGAGCUGAAAAGUUCUCAUCGAAAUCCCAAUCUACAGAUGAAGUAGGAGUCCCUGAACCAGUCAAACCAUGGCGUCAUUAUCCGAGUGUUUCCAAACUGACGGGGUUUAAAUGCUUGCUCUGCAUUCUAUUUAUUCAUCUCCCAAACACUAAAGUAGUCGUCCUCUGAAGUCUUGAGAUUUUGAUUUACAGAUCUGAAAAAAUCUGCAGCACAGCAGAGGGCCUCAACGAUUUCUGUGAUCAAAGCUCAUUUCUAAGAAAUCAAAAUGAAGAAAAUGGUGUUAAAAGUGACAAUUCACGACGAAAAAAGCAAGAGAAAGGCCUUGAAAGUGGUUUCAGCGGUGGAAGGGGUGGACUCUGUGGCUGUGGACAUGAAGGAAAACAAGAUCACUAUCAUUGGAGAAGCAGAUCCUGUGUUUGUGACCCAAAGAUUGAGGAAAUUCGGUUUUGGUUUUGCAGAAUUGUUGAGCGUGGGGUCUGCAAAGGAGGAGAAAACAGAGGGAGAGAAGAAGGAUGUGAAGAAAGAAGAGAAAACUCCGGAGAUCCCAACAAUUGUGUACAUUCAGAGGCCUUAUUAUGGUGAUUACAGUUUUGCUUCUGAUGAGAAUCCUAACGCCUGCACCAUCUGUUGAAUUCAUAUCUAGGGUUUUUAAAGCAUGAGCUUUUACCUCUGUUUUUCCAAAAGGAGAUCUCUAUACCCCAUGGUUAGAGCUUUACUGGCUAUGUAAUUGACAUGCGGCCACGUUUUUUCUCGGGGUUAAUAUGCAUUCGUGCUGUCGGAAAAAUAACGUAGCGAGCAGAGAGUUAAGCAUUUUGUUCCUGAAAUCAUUUUUCUCUGAUUUGUUUGAUCCCCAUUGGGAUGCAAGUUUUGUGACAGUCAAAUUCAAUACGAUAAGAGUAUCUAUUAA